AUACAAAUGUGCUACUUUGGUUGGCCCCUAGUAAACAAAGGAAUUAGGAGGAUACAUGAUGGGGUAAAUUAGUUACUCUUAAAACUUGUUAAUUUAACUUCGCCCGACCAGUGUUUGAUCAAUUGACCGUAAGGUUUGAGUAAUGAGUGGGGAGAGAGAGAAAUCCGAGUACUCUUAACUACCAAAAUAAAGUCGAAUACCCGUCCAACCACUGGGCUAGUCUAGACAGAAGUUACGACCGGCCAAAUUCCAAAAAGUUGGAAUGAGCUUCCAGGAUCUGCAGAGUGGCGGCAAGCCAUCAUCAGCGGGUGUGGAUGUUCGAUCGCAGAGCCCAUCGCAGGCCGUGGCCGCCGGCAUUUUUCAGAUCAAAACUGCCGUCGCUGCUUUCCGUCGACUCGUCGAUGCCAUCGGAACCGCCAAGGACACUCCCGAUCAGCGACAGAAGCUCCAUAACACGAGGCAGCGGAUACUGCAAUUGGUCAAAGAUACUUCUGCCAAGCUCAAGAUCCUGAGCGAUUCCGAUCGGGACACCUCUGUCAUUCCCAGUAAGAAGGUAGAAGAUGCCAAGCUUGCCAGAGAUUUUCAAACUACGCUGCAAGAAUUCCAGAAAGUUCAACAGCUUGCCUCCGAGCGCGAGUCUACUUACUCCCCUGCUGCUGCUGCUCCAUCUUCUUCUUUGUCAACAGCCUCUGCCUCCGGCGAAGGAUUGGCACUCACCGGGGAUCAGGACAACCAACCUUUUCUCUUGGACCAGAAGAGGCAGGAGUUGCUUCUAUUGGAUAAUGAACUUUCCUUCAAUGAGGCCAUGAUUGAGGAAAGGGAACAGGGUAUUAGAGAAGUACAAGAGCAAAUUGGACAAGCAAAUGAAAUAUUCAAGGACCUUGCUGUUCUUGUUCAUGAGCAGGGAGUGGUUAUUGACGACAUUCAAUCCAACGUUGGUGGUUCCUCUGCUGCAACAACUCAAGCUCGAGUUCAGCUAGCUAAGGCUUCAAAAAGUGCAAAAUCCAAGUCCUCAUGGUGUUGGUGGGUGAUUGUAAUAGUUGUGAUAGCGCUGGUCAUCUUUCUGCUCGUCCUUAUCGUGUAGCGCAUAAGUCCAUAUGGAUGCUGCUUUGUGUGCUCUGCAGGAUUAUAUUUUUGAGUUGUUGUACGUAAAUGUUUAUUUAUGUAAUUUCCACGGCUCACCUAUAUUUGCCGUUGAUGUCAACAUGUAUUAGAGUGGAAUACUGUUUUUUGUAUUUUUUUUCCGGCCAUCUUGUGGUUGAGGCUUUUUAUUUUUUGUUGUUUACUUUUUUGGUGGAGAGAAAAGGGCCCUGGCUACUGGCUAGUGCACCUCUUUUAUAUUUGUGUUUGUGGGUUUCAUUA